UUUCACUCUUUUUAAAGGAUUCAUUUAUUGCAGAGACACACCUAGGAUCUACUGGCACAUGUUGUCUUUCCUGUUCACCAUCCAAGAGAUCAACCAGGAUCUCAGCCUUUUACCCAACAUCACCCUGGGCUACAGCCUCUAUGAGAACUAUUUCGAUGCAAGGAUGACUUCGGACGCCAUGCUAGAGCUGCUUGCAGGCAGUGGAUGCAAUAUUCCCAAUUAUCACUGUGGAGAACAGAAUCACCUGCUGGCUGUUCUUGAAAGAAGCAACACUUUCAUCUCAAAAGUGAUUUCAGCCUUGUCAGGCAUCUACAAAAUCCCACAGUUCAAUUAUGGCUUCACUGCCCAGGUUCUCGAAGGUAAAACCCUGUUCCCUUUUGUCUACCGGAUGACUCCCAAAGAGGAAAGUCAGUACCAGGGGAUUGUUGAAUUGCUCCUGCAUUUUGGAUGGACGUGGAUUGGCCUCUGCAGUCCAGACAAUGACAGUGGAGAAAGAUUUGGGAGCGCUGUGAAACCUCUGAUGCUCAGCAAAGGGAUCUGCAUUGCUUUAUCAAAAAGAGUACCAGAAACCUUUAAUCAAGAAUUUAUUACACUGGAAUAG